CCUGCCGCGUUAGCUCAGGGCACGCUUCACACACACACACACAAGUUCACCAUCAGGACGUGCUUAGUGCAACGCGUGGUGGACCAGACCCUAACCGAUCAUCACCGGCUGAUCUCUCUAGCCCCUUCUCGGUCCCAAGAGUCGGGAACACCAGCGGCCAUCUGGCGGGUUUCGGACUGUGUCUGGAGGGGCAAGGCAAAUCAAAUAAUAAACUGCUCGCCAUGCCCACCCCAGCUAACCCCAACGAUGAGGAGGAGAAGACUGGGCUCUCACGAGACAGUCGCAAGACGGCCACCUCUAUUUUCUUUCUUUCCCCAGCCAGCUUGACUCCUUCACCCAUCAUUGAAUCGGCCAUGAAGUGCUAGAGUCGAGUUCAAACCAAGAACCACCGCCACGAUGCCACUGUCUCUUCGCGGGGUCUUGCCCCUACUCCUCGCCAUGCUGCUCAUGGUGACAUGCCAGGCGCAACAUCAACAAGACAUUGGGGUUUCCAUGCGAGCAGCGUCUCCCUUGGCUGGAUACCCCGAGUGUGCAGCGAAAUGCAUCCUGGUAGCCAUGGGAGGCGGGCUCUGCAGUCCCACGGACAACAAGUGCAUCUGCACAGAUCAGACGUUCCAGCACAACGUCACGGCCUGCGUGUCGUUCGGCUGCACCAUCCCUGAAGCCUUGGUCACGCAAAAUGCCAGCCUCACCAGGUGCGGCGUCACGCCUCGCGACCGCGGCCAGGAGCUCAUCACCGUCACCGCCGUGCUCGCCUCCCUGGCCGCCGCCUUCAUCGUCACGCGCUUCGCCUACAAGCUCCUCGUCGCGCGCCUCGACCUCGGGCUCGACGACGUCUUCGUCCUCGCCACCAUGGUCUCGGCCGUCCCCAGCGCCAUCAUCACCAAGUUCGGCACCGUCCCCAACGGCCUCGGCCGCGACAUCUGGACCCUGACGCCGCAGCAAAUCACAAACGUCGGCAAGUACUUUUACGUCAUGGCCUGGCUGUACUUUUUGCAGACGGCCCUGCUCAAGCUGUCGUUUGUCUCCUUCUUCAUGCGCAUCUUCCCGGCCAAGGAGGUCCAGCGGCUCCUCUGGGGCACGUUUGCGUUUGUGACGGUCUGGGGCUUUGCUUUCAUCAUCACGUCUAUUUUCCAGUGCCGCCCCGUGCAUUACUUUUGGACAAAGUGGGACGGCAUGCAUGCGGGCUCCUGCGCUAAUGCCAAUGCCAUCACCUGGUCCAAUGCUGCCAUGAGCAUCGCGCUGGACCUGUGGAUCCUUGCGAUCCCGCUGUGGCAGCUUCGCAACCUCAAGAUGCACUGGAAGAAGAAGGUCGGCGUGGCGCUCAUGUUUUGCGUCGGCACAUUUGUGACAGUCGUCAGCAUCAUCCGACUCCGGUCGCUCGUCAACUUCGCCGCCACGGCCAACUCGACCUGGGAAUUCUACGACGUAUCCCUCUGGUCGACGAUUGAGAUUUGCAUCGGCGUCAUAUGCGCCUGCCUCCCCACGAUCCGCCUGCUCCUCGUGAAGCUCAUCCCGGCGCUCGCCGGCUCGACCCAGCGGAGCAACUACUACCGCUACGGCACCGGAGGCAACGCGAGCGGCCGCGGGCGGUCCUCCAAGACGGCCACGUCGAGCAACCACCAGACCACUGUUCGCGCCGACUCGGCCAGCCGAGCGCAGUCCGAUCACGACAGCGCCGCGGAGGAGCCCCAGGGCAUCUUGUUCCAAAAGUCCUACACGGUGCAGUACAGCGACAAUGACGAGGCGAGCCUGGUUGCGAUGAGGGAUCUGGAGGCAAAGGCGCCGCCGAGCAGGAGGUAGGAGUGGAAUGACUUUGACGAAUCGAUGUCUUUAGACGGACCGGCCCAAUAGACUAGUUUUUGUUUUUUACAGCGAAAAUUCAGC